UUAGUUUUCCAAUUUUUCAGUUUUAAUACAACAAAAUUCCCCUUUCGAGAUGAAUAUUUUAAGUGCUUUGAAGAUAAAGAAGCUCAACUUGCAAAAUACCUGCACCUCCUACUACGACUUCUUGACCUGUGAACACAACUGUCUGGAUUCACUGAGGUGCUCAACUGUACCUCGCGAUCCGCCUUCCAAGCAGGAUCUUAACCGGCCUCCCAAAGUGGUCAGAAGUGGAGUGCAGUACUUCGAUGUGGAUGACAAGGCGGCGCAGUGGUAUCUGGACACCCGACGAUCCGCAGCCGAAAGAAAGCCAUGCAAAAGGAGGUUCUGCUUCAGGUUUCAUGUGCCCGUUCGCCAUGCCGUUCGUCGAAAGGAUAAAGCGGCGACUUACGCCCUUCCAGGACGACGGGUGUCUCCCGAGUUCCUCAGCCUCCUUCGGCAGCACCAUGCCAGGAUGCGCGGUCUGGGGAAGCUGCCGCGAAAAUACCUGCAACGCAAGGCCAGUUUCUCCUACUACAAGUACGAUGCGGCGGGUAAGAGCCGGCACAUGCGACCUGGCAUCUCCACAGCUGCACCUGUAGAAUUUCCUUGCACCAAUGUGGACUGCAUUCGUCACCGGGUCUGCUCUUGUCCUCCGAAAAAGGAAAGUCCCCCACAGGCCCCCUUAAGUCAGGCGGAUUCCAAUCGUCCAGUAACCAACACAAAGCCCAGGAAAAAGCUCUUCUCGCCUUUUGCUAAAGAUAAAGCAGUUGAUGUAGUGAAAAAAAAUGUAAAUGGGGCUAAGGAUAACCUCAAGGCAACGGACAGCCAGCCAAAGUCUAGGUUGCACAGAAUUUAUGCGAGCAAUCCAUCCUUAAAACCACCGGCAGCUAAUCAAGAGCACCCUAAACCAAUUGCAUCGAAAUCACAACCUAGUUUGAAUCCCAUGGAAAAGAUGAAAAGCUGUCCCUGCUCCAUUGAACAGCCCAAUCGGUGGCCGAAAUCCAGUGUUCCACCCAGUAAAAAAGCAUCCAAAAGGAUUCGAGAUCCUCGCUGCACUGAGUACGAGAAUAGGCCUUUCUUCAAAGCCAUUAACGGAACUAACUACGGAUCCCCAAAUGGAAGUAAGAAACUAAGGAGGCGUAGUGAGAAGAACUACUGUGAAGACCAUAGUGAGACUCAAGCAGAUGUCCAGGAAGAUCCGCCCUCAGAGAACACUUUCUAUGCAUCCGUCUCCAAUCAUCAGGAACUUGGUCUGGAACAUCGUCAGCGACCCGACCUCCAUGAUCAGAACGAUAUUGAAAUCCCGCCGAACCGUCAUGGAAAUAGCCUCGGCUAUAGGGGUUUCAUUCAUCGCUCCGAAAACCAGAAACUUAUUGAUAGGGGCUGUGCUCCGAUCCCGAAGUGCAAGAGGAGUAAGCCACCACCAUAUUGCUACCUCUGGUCCGCCGUCGAUCCGGAUAUUCGGAAGGCGGAGAAGCAUCGUCUCGCGGAACAUAAUUGGUGCCAGCGGCAGAUGUUUCCAGACAGCAAACCUUACUCCUACUACUGGUCCUCAACGAAUCCGGAUGUAAGGAGCCAGGUGAAGCGAAGAUUGAAAAAGGUUGACAGCAGGCGCCAUUGUGGGUUGCCACGAAGGAGCAUCCAACCACCCAUAUGCAGUCGGGAUUAUUCAGAUCAAAAUGAGGAUAUAUGUACCUGCAGCAGAUCCACAGUUCACCAGUUCUUUGACAACACCAACUCAGAUUCUUUUGAUCAUCACAAUCAUUUAUCUUUUUCUCGUGGCAAGAAACUUCAGUCUUUUGGCCUAGGACACGGUAGAAAUCGGAAAGGAGCACCAAAGGAGGACUGUUCACUUGACUGGGAAGACGAUCAUUCCACAAGUAAAACACUUCCAAGGUGGCCAGGACUCAUCUCAAGAAAGUUAUCUACAGAUUCAGAUGGACAUCUCUCAAAGAAACCACGCCUGCUGCCUAGGCUACAUGCAUUUGCCAAGCGAUUUCUCUGGUCAGGAUCUAAAGCAAUCGAGUUCAAGUCCAAUCAUUUGGGCAGCGAAAGACCUAGGCAUAGCCCCCUGUCUAUAAAUAUCCGGGAAGGUAAAUCCAAGGAAAGAGAAACUUCUGAUCUGGAGCAUCAAAAAGAUAACCAUAGAGUAAUGUGCAACGAAACAAACUCUUCAGACAGGAAAAUCUUCUUCAGGAAUCAGGCCAGUAUCCAGGAUAUACGGGGACCGAGAGAUCCGAAGUUAUGGUCUAAAACAAUAAAGAAAAGAGCCAACUCAAGACGAAAUUCCAAAUCUGCACGCUCCUCGGGUUCAGAAAUCGGUACGUACAGAAGGAGUAACACCUCCGCCUUUGGGCUACCAACCUGUUCCAGACGAUCACCAAGAGCCAGGAAUUACCAGAUGUCCCAGGCAAAGAAGUCCUCGCUAUGUAAUGAAAGGUGUUCCUCAGUUAGUUGCAGUCAUUGGAGCAACCAAUCAAGUGAUUGUCUAACCACUGAUCCACGGCCGCAAUCUCCCUGUCAAGUUCCUUUGGUGUCCCGUGCCCAGCGGGAGUGGGAGGAGCAUCGGGAGCGAAAGAGGGCUAAGCGACAUGUAGAGAAAUGCAGACCAUGCACGGAUUACUUACUCACCUCACGGCGAACGGAGCCACAAACUCCGGGCGUACGUCGAGGAAUGGUUACGUAUCGAAACAAUGAGUUCACCACGGAACUAAGUGAUCCCUGCUUGAAUGAACCAAAGAGAAAACGUUUCCGAUUUACAGAACAUUGUCCCAUGCACAGGGAUAAAAACUAUUCGCGGCCACGAAAUUAUCGACACUCCGCUCGCUGUUGCGAUGAUUCCGAUGCCUCCAGGCACAAAAUCCCACAAGACUCGAGAAGGAUGCGGGGAGGUAUAGAUUUUCAUAAUAUGGAGUAUUCUUUCAGAAGGCAACGCUGCACAGCGCACACCUUUCCAAGUUUGCCUUUCAAACUCGAAAGCAACAAGAGGGGUCAUUCCCCAAAACCAUGGAAGUCACCCAAGCACUUGUUUUGUUUCGACUAGAAGUAGGAUAAUCGGUCAAGCAAGCCGACUGUCAAGUGGCUAUACCAUGUUUAUAGCAAUGGAUUACCACCUGACAUGCGGACUAGCAUGACACAUAUACUAAUGGCAAAUUAUGAUACAUUGUUCAUUUUCAA